GCGGUCGGGGGAGGGGAGGGGAGGGGAGGGGAAGGGGCGCGGCGCGGGGGCUGUGUGUGGCGGCGCCGCGCUGGGCCCCGCUCGGUGGCGGCCGGCGCUCACGCUGCGCCGCCGCCGCCGCCGCCACCGCCGCGGCCUCUCGUGGCCGCCGGGGCCGGGCCGCGCCGCGGCCGGGAUUGGCUGCGCGGCCGCCUCGUCCCAGAAUGCAGCGCAUGGCGCGUCAUUGAAGAGAGACCAUGAUGGCGGCGGCCGCGGCCGCGGCCGCGGCGGCGGGGGGGGCCCCCGAGGUGAUCGCGCAGCUGGAGAACGCGGCCAAAGUGCUCAUGGCACCACCUUCCAUGGUCAAUAAUGAACAACGGCAACACGCUGAGCACAUAUUCUUAUCAUUUAGGAAAUCAAAAUCGCCAUUUGCUGUUUGCAAACAUAUUUUGGAAACUAGUAAAGUGGACUAUGUCCUUUUUCAAGCUGCUACAGCGAUAAUGGAAGCAGUUGUACGAGAAUGGAUUCUGUUGGAAAAAACUAGCAUCGAGUCACUGCGAACAUUCCUUCUAACAUAUGUCUUACAAAGGCCUAACCUGCAAAAGUAUGUUCGGGAGCAGAUUCUAUUAGCAGUAGCGGUAAUAGUGAAACGGGGAUCAUUAGACAAAUCAAUCGACUGCAAAAGCAUUUUCCAUGAAGUCAGCCAGUUGAUCAGCAGCGGUAACCCCACUGUGCAAACUUUGGCCUGUUCGAUUUUAACGGCGUUGUUGAGCGAGUUCUCAAGUUCAAGUAAAACCAGCAACAUUGGACUAAGCAUGGAGUUCCAUGGUAACUGUAAACGUAUAUUUCAGGAGGACGAUCUGCGGCAGAUCUUCGUGCUCACAGUAGAGGUACUUCAGGAAUUCAGCAGACGUGAAAACCUCAAUGCUCAGAUGUCUUCAGUGUUUCAGCGUUAUCUUGCACUAGCCAAUCAGGUCUUAAGCUGGAACUUCCUUCCUCCAAAUUUGGGCAGACAUUAUAUAGCUAUGUUUGAAUCCUCGCAAAAUGUGAUGCUAAAGCCAACAGAAUCCUGGCGCGAGACCCUCCUGGACAGCAGAGUUAUGGAGCUUUUCUUUACAGUGCAUCGAAAAAUCAGAGAAGAUACAGAUAUGGCCCAAGAUUCGUUACAGUGUCUGGCACAGCUGGCCUCUUUGCAUGGGCCGGUCUUUCCUGAUGAAGGCUCCCAAGUCGAUUACCUGGCACACUUCAUUGAGGGAUUACUGAAUACUAUCAAUGGAAUUGAAAUAGAAGACUCUGAAGCAGUGGGAAUUUCCAGUAUUAUCAGCAACCUGAUAACCGUAUUUCCUCGCAAUAUUUUAACUGCCAUUCCAAAUGAACUUUUCUCGUCAUUUGUUAACUGCCUCGCACACCUCACUUGUUCUUUUGGGAGAAGUGCUGCCUUGGAAGAAGUGCUUGACAAAGAUGAUAUGGUAUAUAUGGAAGCAUAUGAUAAGUUGCUGGAGUCUUGGCUUACUUUGGUACAAGAUGACAAACAUUUCCAUAAAGGCUUCUUUACCCGACAUGCUGUUCAGGUUUUUAAUUCUUAUAUUCAGUGCCAUCUAGCUGCUCCUGAUGGUACAAGGAAUUUGACUGCCAAUGGCGUGGCCUCUCGGGAAGAAGAAGAGAUAAGUGAGCUACAGGAGGACGACAGAGACCAGUUCUGCGACCAGCUGGCCAGCGUGGGCAUGCUGGGGAGAAUCGCUGCAGAGCACUGUAUACCUCUUCUGACCAGUUUAUUAGAAGACCGAGUGACAAGGCUCCAUGGUCAAUUGCAAAGACAUCAGCAACAGUUACUUGCCUCACCAGCAUCAGGCUCAAUGGACAAUAAAGUGCUUGAUGACCUGUAUGAGGAUAUUCAUUGGCUUAUUUUAGUCACAGGCUACCUCUUGGCUAAUGAUACUCAGGGAGAGACUCCGCUAAUACCUCCAGAAGUAAUGGAAUAUUCCAUUAAGCAUUCAGCUGAGGUUGACAUCAAUACAACGCUUCAGAUUCUGGGAUCUCCAGGAGAAAAGGCCUCUUCCAUCCCAGGGUACAACAGAACGGAUUCUGUAAUUAGGUUGUUAUCCGCUAUUUUAAGAGUGUCAGAAGUAGAAUCUCGAGCAAUAAGGGCAAAUCUCACCCACCUUCUGAGCCCCCAGAUGGGCAAAGAUAUCGUAUGGUUCCUCAAGCGCUGGGCAAAGACAUACCUCUUAGUGGAUGAAAAGCUGUAUGAUCAGAUAAGUCUGCCAUUUAGUACAGCAUUUGGUGCUGAUACAGAGGGUUCCCAAUGGAUUGUGGGUUACCUUUUAGAAAAAGUGAUCAGUAACCUGGCAGUGUGGAGUUCAGAGCAGGACCUUGCAAAUGAUACUGUACAACUGCUAGUAACAUUAGUGGAAAGGAGAGAGCGGGCAAACUUAGUUAUUCAGUGUGAAAACUGGUGGAAUUUAGCUAAACAAUUUGCAAGGCGAAGUCCUCCUCUUCACUAUUUGUCCAGCUCUGUGCAGAGAACACUAAUGAAAGCUUUAGUUCUAGGAGGUUUUGCUCAUAUGGACACGGAAACGAAACAACAAUACUGGACAGAGGUUCUUCAGCCACUUCAGCAGCGAUUCUUGAAUGUGAUAAACCAAGAAAACUUUCAGCAGAUCUGUCAAGAGGAGGAAGUGAAACAGGAAAUCACUGCUACAUUGGAAGCACUCUGUGGCAUUGCCGAGGCUACCCAGAUUGAUAAUGUAGCAAUUCUCUUUAAUUUCCUAAUGGACUUCCUUAAUAAUUGCAUUGGGUUAAUGGAAGUAUACAAAAACACACCAGAGACUGUUAAUCUCAUAAUAGAAGUCUUUGUUGAAGUUGCACAUAAACAAAUUUGCUAUCUUGGAGAGGCCAAAGCCAUGAACUUGUAUGAGGCCUGCCUAACUCUGCUCCAGGUGUAUUCCAAGAAUAAUCUAGGUCGACAGCGGAUAGAUGUUACAGCAGAAGAAGACCAGUACCAGGAUCUCCUCCUCAUUAUGGAGCUUCUAACUAAUCUUCUAUCAAAAGAAUUCAUAGAUUUCAGUGAUACAGAUGAAGUAUUUAGAGGACAUGAGCCUGGGCAAGCUACAAAUAGAUCUGUAUCAGCAGCAGAUGUCGUCUUAUAUGGUGUUAAUCUAGUUCUGCCUCUAAUGUCCCAGGAUCUGCUGAAGUUUCCAUCCCUGUGUAAUCAAUAUUACAAAUUAAUCACUUUCAUCUGUGAGAUAUUCCCUGAGAAAAUUCCACAGCUUCCAGAGGACCUCUUUAAGAGCCUAAUGUACUCACUGGAGUUAGGGAUGUCAUCAAUGAGUUCUGAGGUUUGCCAGCUCUGUCUGGAGGCUGUAACACCAUUAGCAGAGCAGUGUGCAAAAGCACAAGAAACAGAUUCAACCCUCUUUCUAGCAACAAGGCACUUUCUUAAGAUGGUCUUUGAUAUGCUGGUACUUCAGAAGCACAAUACAGAAAUGACAACUGCAGCAGGUGAAGCAUUCUACACAUUAGUGUGUUUGCAUCAGGCUGAAUAUUCAGAGCUAGUUGAAACAUUGCUAUCAACUCAGCAAGAUCCAGUAAUUUACCAGCGAUUAGCAGAUGCCUUCAACAAGCUUACUGCAAGCAGCACUCCUCCUACACUGGACCGUAAGCAGAAGAUGGCCUUCUUAAAGAGUUUAGAAGAAUUUAUGGCAAAUGUUGGUGGACUUCUCUGUGUAAAAUAAACAACAAAACUCUAUGCCUACUUUAGACCCUUUCUGCAAAAUGCACUGAGAAAUGCUGAAUGCUGACUAAAUCUUGUACCUGUCUCUGGGUUCUUUGCAGCCAUCUCAGAUUUUAGAGAGCCUGGAAGUUUGAACAUAACACGGUGGAAUAGGAGAGGUCAACUUUGAAUCAGCUUCUGCUAUUAUGUGUUAGCUGCAAUCUGUCAUACUUGUGUGUGAAAAGAAUGGACAGAAAAUCUGAAUUUAAAUUCUUUCUGUAUACGUGCAAACAGAUAUGGGCACAAUGAAAAGUAAAUUCAGUGCCUUCCCCCCCCCCAACUCGUUUAAAAUGAGUAGCCAGAUAAACAUACAGAUUUUUUUUCUACCCAAAACCAUGUUAGAGUGUGAAGCAGACACAUACAAAGCUCUAAAUAGUUUAGCUGAUUUUAAGCUUUAUUUUUUCCUCUCUAAAGUUUGAGUUUGUGUUCCAAUGGAAAAAAACCAACACCAAAAUGGUAUUUUAACUUGUGUUUAGUUUUGUUUUUUCUACAUCAACCUGAAGUUGCAUGUUCAGUGUAAUGCAGGUUUUUACAUUAUGUUCUGCUGCCUAAAGUUCAGAAGAAAAAAGGUGUAUAUUUUUGUUCCCCUAAAAUGAACUUUAGGAACUGUAGCCAUUUCCUUGCCUUAAUUUAAAAGGAAAAAAAAAAAGUUCACAUACUUUAGAUAAGAAAUCUAAGGCAAGAUGUGAGUCUUCAGAGUUGGUUUAGGAUGUUGGCAUUAAGCUGCUGUGUACAUAUUGCAGCCCUUCAUGUUGACGUGUCAUUUUGGAAUGAGUGUCUAAUGCAAGGUUCAUGUGUAGUUUUACUUUCAGUAUCUGUUUUGAUUCCUCUCCAGGUUGCACACAACUGCAAUGUAUUUCUACACUGAACUGUUUGCUAAAGCAAUAACAACGCAGAAGGUGUAAAUUAUUGACUUACAUGGACUUUUUUGAGUUGGGGCAUUAGGUAAAACAAUUAUGCUAGAAGAGGGGCUUGAAACCCUUUUACCCAAAGGUCAUACUUAGCUGAUUUGAGUCGAGAAAGAUUAAGAUCUGCACUGUUGAGAGGGAUUUUUGUUUUUCCUGAAAGAAGCUCGCCUUCUGUAGAGCCCUCCCUGCUGCUCUGCUCUUGCUCAGUUUUUUAUAUCAGCACUUUAGCUAUUAUGAUAGCAGAGUUACAGUGCCCUGAGUAUAGUGGACCAACACGGGAGAGUGGCACAAAGGCACAGAAGGCGGGCAUGCUCUGCCUCUAGUUUUGAGCCAGAGAAUACUGAAGCAAACAUAGAGGCUGCACGUCUAGUAACAGUCCUUUUUGUGGAAACACAUGGAGGCAGGAGAAGUUGGCCCUUUUGCUUAAGACCUCUGCUAGAUUAUGCUGUUGAAUGUUUCCCAUGUUUUUGUUUUUUGACAUUUAUAUAAAAUGUACAGUAUAUACACCUUUACAUGGCUGUGUAUAGCAUCAUGUUUGCAACUCUGUGCCAUCCUUCAGCCGUUCAUCUCAAAAUUAGUUACAAUAGCCAGAAGUAAAAAGACAUAAAUCUGUACUAUUGUGCUAUAAGUGAUCUAGGGCUUUUUUUAUUUUUUAGUGAAAUCCAUACCCAUCUCAGGCUUGGAUCUACAAGGCCAAAAAUACUAUCUUGUCAGUAUACUUUUCUCUUUUAAUUUAUGUGAGAACUGGGUGAGGGCAGAUUUACCCAUUAAAAAGCAACCAUAAAAUGUGUUAGAUAAUAUACCUCUCCAACCUGUAUUCUAAGAUAAUUUGUGUAGUGUUUUAGAACAGGGAUAUUGCCCUCAAAUUUUUCCUGGAAAAAUGAAUCCUUUUCUUUAGAAGCUUUCUUGGCUGUGCAUUUGCACUAAUGAUAACGAUCCCAGCAGAUCCUGUUUUUAAACUGUUCCAAUGUCUGAUUUUUGUUGUUGUUGUUGUUGCUUGGGUUUUUGCCUUGUUUUUGGAGCUGCUUCUAGAAUUUGAGUUUGUACACUCUGUAGUGCAGCCUUUCUAAAACUUGAUUAUUUCUCUCUCUCUCUCUCUCUCUCUCUCUCUCUCUCUCGUAUGAGGGGCAUUAAAGCCUAGGAACACAAGCAGCAGUAGGAACUGCUGGUUUGCUGUGAUGUACUCAAGCAUCAAACAUCUAGGCCAAAGUCUCAAAAAAAAAAAAAAAAAAAGUGCAAAUACCUUCAACCUUUUUGUAUCUGACUGCAAAACCGAUGUUCUCAAUCCUCAUUUCUCUUAUAACUAGCGCUGUCACUCUCACUUUUUGCCCUCAAGCUGGCUUAAUAUUUAAAAAUAUUUAUGAAUUUUAAAAUUUGGAAAUCCUCUUGAAUAUUGUAACUGAUGAAUGGGAGUAUGAAUUUAGUUAAUAUUCAGAAUAAAGUAAUAUGCCUACCCAUUGCUUUUCUAAUCAGGCCCAUCAUAUUGUCACAAGCACUGACAUAAAAUAUGUUUUGAUUAUGAAGACCUACUAAAUUAAGUAUGAACAAUUACUUUCAAAGAUUAGUUUUGAUGAUUGCUUAAAACUUUUUGUCCUUCAUUUAAAAUUGAUGUUAUAUAUUAAAGGGAAACUGUCCACGUAAGGGUCUUUUUAAAAGAAUUUUAUUGCUUAAUGUUAUGUUAGACAACAUUCUUCCUAUCUUGUUUUCUUUUUCCUUCCAUUCUUGUGUGUUCAACUUUGAUCUUUCCAUACUAUUCUAAGCUUCUUCUAGAGCAAAUGCAAAGAUGUUUCUGUUUAGUGACAUCUAUGAAGCUGUUACAAAAGUUUCUGGGAAGAAGUUUUCUUAAUUCAUACUCCUGCUGGCUAGGUGACUGCUUCUAUCCCUAAACUGUGUGGCUUGGAUAUCCCCCCUUGCCUCCCAUCCUUUGGUGACCUUCCACACAUCCACCUGCUGUAGAUCUAGAUGCAAAGCUCAUUCAAGUCCAUAAGAAAGAUUCAUAGACCAUUUUCAGUGGACCUAGAGUUGGCUCCAAGUAACUGUUUUAAAAUUUUGUAGCAUCACUGCAUUGAUUUUCCAUUCACUGUGCAAAGUGAAUAAUGAUUUUAAAAAUGCAUGUGUUUUUUUGAAAAAACAUGCAACUCAAACUUAAUUAUAAAUGCUGCAUGAUAUAGUUGUAAUAAAUAUAUUUGUCUAGACAUAAGACUUCUUUUCUUACUAAAAUAGAUUAUUGCCCCAGUGUUUUCAUUCAAGAAUUCAGGUAGUUUAUUUCCCAUUUCUCCAGCCCUUAUCCGAUUGUAAUAGCUAUUUCAAAUGCUAGCCUAAUGAUUUUCUGUGGUUCAACCUAUUUAUUCUGAUGCUGGCAAGCAUGACUGUCUAGUUGGAUCAUGAAAUUCAAGGCCUACAAAGCGCAGGGACACACAGACAGGCAGAAGUGGACUGCAUUAAACUUCCACUUUUACAUGCAUUAUGCCUUAAUCAUCGUCACUGACUGCCACCAGAAUCUGCUACUGCUUAUUGCCCAAAAGUUUGUGUUUCACUGGUUAGUGAUAAAGGGCUCACUGCUUUCCUCAGGAAUGAGAAACUUGUUUUCUCAGCAUGUCCAAAUCCUACUAGUUGAAAGAGGGAUUUGCAUCUGGGUCAUCUCCUUGACAGUGCAUAGCACUUACUAAAGCCCCAGUGUUUACCUGGAUAAAUCCCUUUUUUAUUUAAGCCAUGUAGUUGUAGGAAACAAGCUUGCACAGAAAAGUCAAUUGUCCAUUUAUAAUCUAAUGCUGGGAAAGGUAAUGCAAGUUCUAAUUUCAGUGAUCUGUGAAACUAUUCAGAAAAACAAAUGCAGCAUUUCUAUAAUAGAACUCUUUAAUUUCAGUUUCAGAUAAAUAAUUACGUAAGGGGUGUUUUUUAUGGAAGUAGCUUAUGAAUAUAAGUGCAGGAGUAGGAGCCAGUCUCCUCUAAUUUUGUAUCAGAUUUUCCACUGGGUCCACUGUGGCCAUCGGCAAGUCGCUAAAACUGUAUCUUUGUUUAAAAAAAACAAAAAACAAACAAAAAAAAUAGCGACAAUACCUACCUACCUCACAGGGCUGUUGUGAGGAUUAGUUUAUGCCUAUAAAUGCAUUGAGGAUCUGAAAUGCUCUGUAAAUAUUAAAUAUUUUAAUUUUAAUUUUUGUGAGGUGUAAGAUUUACUGUAAUGAAAACGGAAGAUUUUCCUAAUUCUGAAGCGCAGUGGAGGCAGCAGUAGUACAGUUCUCCACAGAAGCGGUGCACAGCAGGACAGUAAUACUGUAAAUUGUAGUUGUUUCAAUUACAGCCAGUUAAAAAGGUGGUUUCUUAAAUAAGAUAUGCUUCCUCACCAGCGUGCCUCAGUUCUGGUCUAAGUAGCGAGAGGGUGGUCGCUUCUGUGCGUAUGCAGGCUUCGGUGCCUCUGCCUGUGACAAGUGCCACUCGAGGGGGUAGCUCUGGGGGUUUUCCUCCGCUAAGAACAAGCACCGCUCCUUUCUCCAGGCCCCAGGCUGUUCUGGUCGCGCCAGGUCCACUCGGUUUAACCGCGGCCUGAGGAUAUGGUUCAAACAUAUAAAGCCAGGGUUCCCCUCCUCACCCCACCCUCACCCCUCUGAACUUGCUCUUAAUUUAAGUCGAUCAUGUAGACCUUCUUCGCGGUAAACCGGAUUAGUGCUUCCCGGCACUAGUCACGAAGCAAAUCAUGAAGUAUGGGUUGCUCUAGAGCCGUAAGCGCUCAGCUGUCUUACAAACCCUUUUUUUCAGCGUUAGGUUUACUGGCGCCCUAGCACUGGAGAUGGAGCAUAUGCCUGGCCUUCCCUUCUCCCCGGUGAAUGGAAGUAGAGUCUACUUUUCUGUUUCUUCCUUUCCCAGUCCUGCUUUCCAGGUCAUCUUAAGCCAUUCUCCUCAGAGAUUUGGAAGACCCCUCCAAACUCAGGCAGAAGAUACUGCCCGUUCAGUUUUCCAGUCGAUUACAGGUUGAUAUUUGAAAUACCUUCCAAUAGCAUUCCUCAACACAUUUCAGUCUCCCGUUGAAUUAUACUAGAUUUUAUAAUUAGGAAAAAUAAAAUCCACUUUUAUUUGUUCCCUUUGUGCAAACUAAGGAACCUCCAUGCAGUGAACUUGCAGUUUUAAGGCAAUAAAUGCUGGUACUGCUGUCAGUCAAAUAUGUAAAUAUUUUAAAUGUAUAAUUCAGUACUAUUUUGAGUUUAUAAAAAAUAAAGAUAAAGGCAGGGAUUGAAGUGCUAGUUAAUUUCAAGUAUUGUUUUACUUGUACAGUUGAAGAUGCAUAGGUAGAUACAUAUGAAGUUGCAUAGAAAUAUUUCACAAUUUGUUGCAAUAAGACUUGGGAAAUGGCUGUGUAAUCGAGCCUUAUCACAACUGAAUUUUCAAUUUUGCAAUCAAUAUUUUUCUGUAUUUCUAAGAUCCAUAAGCAGGAGGAGGAUAAAAUUGUUUUUCACUAAAGACUUUUAUUAUUUUGUUUUGGCCGCGUGUGAUGUGUGUGUAUUCUUGUUUAAUAUUAUUUCUCUAAAUUCUCACCUGUUGAAUCCCUGACAUAGCAUUUGUUAUGGCUCCUUAUAGUAGAAACAAAUAUGAACAUUAUGAAACUUCAAGCUAACUGUGUUCUUUUGCUACUGUGAAUUAGCAGUAAUUCAGUUGAAGUUAAUUGGGUAACUUUAGAUUUACAUCAGCACUUAAGGCAUGAGUUUGUCCAUCAACAGCAAAAAAUGUGAAUAGGUGUGCGGCAGAAGUAUCUCACACUGGAGUAAAAUCAAACAAAUAUUUAACAGUUGUCAAUAGUGGCUGUUAAUGAAUUUAUAAUCAAAUUACUUAUUCCACUAUCCUCCAAAAAAAAGCUUAUUGGUGACUUUUCAGGUCACUAUUAUUGGUGACGUUUGUAUACCCAGGAGGAAUACAAAUUACUGGGUCUUGAAUUGGUUGUGUAGAUUUAAUCUAAACAGUUUAUUGGGAUAUCUGGCCUAGAAAUUUUCUCUAGGCUUGUGAUGUGUUCCCAUGUAAGUUGUAUGCAGCAGUAUGCAUGUGUUACUGUGUGCAUUUCAGAAAAGUUCAAUUACUGGCAGGAGUUCUUAAUGUGCGAUAAUGUAAUUGCAUUUGGGUGAACAGCACUUAUUUUGUGCUGUUCCCCUUUUACUUUGACACAUGCAAAUCUUAUUUUAAAAAAAAAGAGAAAAAAGUUUCACAAAUCCUGAAAGUAAAACUACGCUACGACUAUGAUGGUGACAGCUUGCUAUACAUCUUGGUUGUAUGUAUCGCUUGAAUUUUAUUGGUUAGAGAAGUAAAAUUAUUGCAACAAUAUAUUUAUAUUGGCCUGGUUUAGUUAAGUGAGCAUUCUGGUGAAGGACAGAAACAUUUAAGGUAAUUAAGAACAAAUUCCUGAAAGCAGCUGGCAAGAUGGAAAAACAGCAGCGUAUCCAAGAGCCUUUCAUGUAGAAAAUUGAACUAUUUUGCUUUACCAUAACUAUGAGGUCUGGAAUAAACUUGAAUGAUUUGGGUACAAAGCCUUUAUUCACAUUUGUUUGUGUAAGUGUAUGCAAAAAAUACUCAUUUUUGCCUUUAUGAAACUUAUAUUUGCUUCAAUUAUAUAUUGUGGACUUAGGGUUUUUUUCUUCACUAUUUGCCACUUAUAAUAAGCAAGAAGGUAGGAAGUCUUAACCUUCCAAAUGGAAUUUGUCUGGCAGAUCAACAAGAAGAUCUUAAAUGAACGGGGAGAGGGAAGGAGAAGAAAGUAAAAACAAUUUGCAACCUUGAUGUGGAAAAAAUCAAGCUAAUCUGUAAGAAGAGAAACAAAUCUGUAAUGCAAAUGUUAUCCCAGAAUUUGUCAACCAGUGUAAUCUUAGUGGGAUUAGUAAACACUGUAAUUUAUUCAACACUUUUGGCGGGGGGGAAAGAGUGCCAUUUUGGAACCGAACUGAAAUUUGAUACUACCAGUGUAAGUUUCAUUAGUUAAAUAAUAAAACAAUCUUUAUUUAGAUAAGAGCUAGACAGACAAAGCCAGACAAAGCUACAUCUCCCAAAACACUGAAAUUACCCAUUGUGACUAAUGUAUCGCUCAUUAUUGUUCAUCCUCCAUCGGUCUUUGAAUCUCAUGGAACAACAGUUGUCACUUAACAUCCAUCAAUUUGGUUUUUCUGCCGCUGUGUUGCCCUUGCAAAUUGGAGUAAGGUAGCAGCCUUGCAUGUGAUCGGCUUCCCUUUCUCAUUCCCUCGGUGUCUGGCCGACUGUUCACUGUCGCGAAGGUGCGUGUGCUUCAUUUGCUUUAACUUAAUGCUUUGGAUGAUACUGUUUGGGUUUGUGGUGAAUUCAAAUCACUUCCAGCCUGUCGCUGUGUAUGCUGUUUACUGAAUGAAAGUCAUCGCUAGACUCCAAUGAAAGUGUUGAUUUGAAAGCUUCAUUCACAUCUACUGGUUUAUUAAGUUAUCAGGAUCUUUUCUUUAUUUCAGUACUGCACCAAUACUUUUUGUGGUCUUCUGUUCAUUCAAAUGAUUGCUGUUACUCGGGGGGGAAACAAAACGAAACAAAACCAAAAACCCACCACACUCUGGAGUCUUUAGGAAGAUCACUGAUGUCCUCUCACAAGAUCGACGCUACUUUGGGGAAGGCUUAUAUUCUUCUGCCAUUUUAAGAAAAGACUGUUCUUCUAAAAUACUUUUGCCUGCUUUUAGGCUGUUAUGCACUUUCAUGAUUUCUUAACAAACUACUGUUAAAAAUGUACUGUAACUUGGAUUUUGAUAAGCGCACAUGUAUUUAAACAAUUCACUCAGCCUCAGGAAAGCUGGAAAAAUUAGAUACCUGUUUCGUAUCUUAGUUAAAAUGUAUGUUACCUACAUCCUUUAAGAUGCCCAGAUAAUGUCUAGAUCCUGUGAGUGUAACUGUAUUUAAAAUACCAGUAUAAUCUGUAAAAGGAGGACAGUGUAAUUUGAAUCUAGGGACUGAGAAAAUUAUGUCCUCUUCUUCUUCUUCUCCUCAGACGUAUCUAUAGCCUGAAUUGGAGUUUCAAAAGCAAAAACAGUGAUAAAUCCCACUUACUGUUCAGGAAAAAAUGUUUUCUUUCUUAAUGCUAGCCUAUUUCUGUUUUCUUCCUCCUCCUUAAAAAGAGUGUGUGAAAUGAGUGCAGAGGUAUGUAUAGGAAAAACUGUAAAAAAUCUGCUGCUGUACAUAAUGUUUGCUACUUGACUGCAUUUUCUGUUCCACUUUAAUUUUACUGGUUUUGCUAAAUAUAUUUUAUAUAUUUUC